CAUCAUUCUGCACCGGAAGACGCUAUGUUCAGGAGUUCUUUCCCGGAACCCUGAAAUUCGGGCUAUGAGUCGUAAGAGACGUCUCCUGGCGUCUGAGGUUUUUGGAGUGAAGCGGCGGCGGGUGCCGGGGCCCGUGAGAGCGGAUCCUCUAAGGGCAGAAGCAGGUUCGGCACGCGAGGCCAUCGAGGAGCUCGUGCAGCUGUUCCCACGGGGGCUGUUCGAAGACGCGCUGCCGCCCAUCGCGCUGAGGACCCAAGUGUACAGUCUCUUGCCGGACAGGACGGUGGCCGACCUGCAGCUGAAGGAGCUUCAAGAGCGGGGAGAGAUCAGAGUCAUCCAGCUAGGCUUUGACUUGGAUGCCCACGGAAUUGUCUUCACUGAAGACUACAGGACCAGGGUCCUCAAGGCCUGCGAUGGCCGACCAUGUGCUGGGGCGGUGCAGAAGUUCCUGGCCUCGGUGCUCCCAGCCUGUGGGGACCUUAGUUUCCAGCAGGACCAGAUGACACAGACUUACGGCUUCAGGGACUCGGAGAUCACGCACCUGGUGAAUGCUGGAGUCCUCACUGUCCGUGAUGCUGGAAGCUGGUGGCUGGCUGUGCCCGGAGCUGGGAGAUUCAUUAAGUGCUUUGUUAAAGGACGCCAGGCUGUACUGAGCAUGGUGCGGAAGGCCAAGUACCGGGAGCUUCCCCUGUCGGAGCUCCUGGGCCGCAGGGUCCCUUCAGCAGUGCGGCUAGGUCUUGCCUACCAUGUGCAUGACCUCAUUGGGGCGCAGCUGGUGGACUGUGUCCCCACCACUUCUGGAACCCUCCUUCGUCUGCCAGAUACGUGAGGAGUCAGCUCUUGGAUUCUUCAGCUCACUGAGCGAGGUUCCCGGACGUGCCACCCCAGGGUGGCUGGACAAGUCACCACAGAGGGCGCAAGGCUCUGCUGCUGCAAGCUGAGGCUCCCACCUGAGCUGGGCUGUGGGCACUGCAGCCCUUGGUUCCUUC